UGUCAAAACAUUUGAGUUUGUGGGUUUGUGUAGAUUUUCAUUUUUUUUUUGUGAAUAAUUGCCAAUUUAUUGCGACGAAAAAUUUAUUUUACUUUCUAUUUUCCAACAUUCAAUAACCAGACCACAAAUUUAUAACCUUAUAUAAAAUACAAAAAUAAUGCUCAAAUAGUUUCUUCAAAACUAAACACAAGACCUGAGUGUAGGUGUUUUGUAAUUUUCCAACGAAGCAAAACAAGCAGCAAAUGGCAUCCAGCAGCAGCAUAAACAGCAAUGAUUCAGAUGAGAGCAAUAAUAAGGCUCCAGAGAAUUUCCGUGUUUCAUCAUCAAAUGAUAAUUGCGAUGAAGAUAAUCAAAGUAAUAGCAAUCAUUUCCGGCUAAGGUGUCCACUCUGCACAACUUUGCAAAAGAGUUUCCACUGUCGUUGUUGUGUUCGCAAAGGUGACUUUAUACAUUCCUCGCAUCAUUAUGAAGAAAGCUUCGCUCAGAAACAAAAAAAGUACCUUAAAAUUCAAGCCAGUCUAAAGGUCUAUAGCAAUCGCUAUGAGCGCCUUAUAAAGGAGCAAAAAACUUCCGAGAACAUGAACUUUGAGAUCAAACGCAAAAAAGAGCGAAUCACUUUGUUGAAGCAACUCAUAGCCAACAAACGUGUUCAAAUCAAUAAAAAGACAGAAGAACGAAAUGAAUUGAAGGCAGCCAAUACGGAAAAGAACAAGCAUCUUCCCAAGUACCCAAUCAAAGUAAAAGAACUAGAAGAUUAUGUUCUCGAUCGCACAGAGAAAAUCAACAAAUUGCGUGAAAAGAACAAUGAUUUGUUGGAAAAACUCAAAAAAGUCUCUUGCGUUGACAUCCAAAAGUUGGUCGAAUAUAUAUUUCCCAUUUCGGAAGUUGUCUUGAAAGACGAGCGAACUGUGGUAAUGCACCAUCAUCCAGGUGGUACAACCCUAGCAACUGUUGCUGAAGACUCAGAUACAAUUGCUGCAUUGGCCGAGGCCAAAAAUACGUCUUAUAUACGCGGUAAAUGGGUGUUCCAUGGAAGUGGCAUUAGCGAAAUGCAAUAUAGAAUUGUAGCACCAUCGCUGCCAGCCAAUGGGGAUUAUUCGGCUUAUUUGGAUUGGCUGACAGAGAAUAAAGACGAUGUUCCCAAGUCGGAUACGAAUGAGAUUUCGCCGAGUAGGGUGGCGGCUUUUCGAAUUGCUGGAGCACUCACUUAUACAACACAGUUGACUAAUUUGUUGAGUUUUUAUUUAAAUGUUCGAUUGCCAUUUAAACUUGCUUAUGGUGAUUUUUGUAAGAAACUCAACGAAGAACAGUUUACACGCAAGGUCUCACGUUUAAACACAAAUAUAAUGUACCUGGCAUAUACACAGCGUGUCAAGUUAAGACUCUUAAAAGAAAAGCAUACCCUCGAGAAUAUAAUAGCCACCUUGGAUUUGGAUAAGAGUGAACUUGGACGAUAUGGGCCAAAUGAAGUAACCUACGCCCCCUUAAUGAAGUCUGUUGAUUCUUUACUUGUUGGCAUCGAAACAGAAUCUGAAUCAGAAGAUGAAAAUUCUCUAAGAUUAGACUGGGAGGCAGUAUCUAGUUUACCAACUCAAGAAAUAGCCCCACCACAUUUGCUGCCACCUAACCAACAAACAACUAGCAUUGCCGAGGGACUUAUGACAAGUGCAGCAAAUCGUUUGGCUUCGAUUCUUCGAUGGGUAAAAUAAAAAAAAAAAAAACAGACUUUCACGCCAAUGGCCAUUCAGUCGUUCAGAAUUUAUAUAAAUGAGGUGAUUUAUCUUUACCUAAUAGAUGUAAAAUAAUUUAAAAAAAAGAUGUUUGAAUUAUAUUCGAGAAUACUAUUUCUAGGAUUACUUUUAUUUAGCAGUAUGCGUACUAUUUCAUAUUAGUUUAAAAUAUCUUUUAUCCUGUUCAUUUGAUUUAGGUCUUUUAUUCCAAAUAAUAAUUGACAAAGGUUAUUCAUAAGUAUUUUUAUUAGUUGUAGUUGGAUUUUAUAUAAAACCGACUUUUUGUAAAUAAAACUAAAAUCAAAUAAAAACUUCAUGAUUAUUUUUAAA